AUGUCUAAGCCCAAUACAGACAGCCUCAAUGCCAGGUCAAGAGCCACCCUGGACGAAUUUGACAACAUCAUCUCUUUAUGGAGUAGUAAAAGACAAGAGGGCAUGACUCUUCUGGGGGCGUUUGAUCGAUCGAACUUGAAAGCCCAACAUGACGCGGCUUUAGCUUUAGGUGAUCAAGACAGUAUUACCGACACAAGGGAGAGAUGUGAAUUGGUUUUGAAGGCGCUCUUGAGAUGUUAUGCUCAUAAGUCGAAUGGUAGAUCUAGGAAUACCGAGGCGACAAACAGUAAUGAUCAGGCAGAUGGAGCAAGUUCAAAGGCAGAGUAG